UAUAAAUUCAAAUAACCCAGCACUAAUAGAAUUUGAUUGUCAUCAUUUAAUAUAGUGAAUUGUCUUAUUGUUGGGCUAAAUCAUCAUGUUCCGGAAUCAAUAUGAUAGUGAUGUUACAGUUUGGAGUCCUCAAGGUCGUUUACAUCAGGUCGAAUACGCCGUAGCCGCCGUUAAGCUCGGAACAGCAACUGUUGGUUUAAAAAAUCGUGACUUCGCUGUUCUUGUAGCGCUUUCAAAGCCACCAUCUGAGUUAUCGGCUUCUCAACGUAAAUUAAUUCCAAUUGAUGAUCAUUUGGGUAUAUCAAUUGCGGGCAUUACAGCUGAUGCGCGGGUGUUAAGCAAAUACCUGCGAUCUGAGUGCUUAAGCUACAAACAUUCUUAUGAAUCUGCGUUUCCUGUUUCUCGAUUAAUUACUAAUUUGGGUAACAAAAUGCAAACGACAACUCAACGCUACGACCGUCGACCAUAUGGAGUGGGUUUACUUAUUGCCGGAUAUGAUGAAAAGGGACCGCAUAUUUAUCAAGUAGAACCUUCUGCAAAUUAUUUUAAUUGUGUGGCUAUGACUAUUGGGUCUCGAUCACAAAGUGCACGCACUUAUUUGGAGCGCAAUCUGGAUGAUUUCAUUAACUGCUCCAAAGACGAAAUUAUUUGUCAUGGCAUUCAUGCCAUUCGUAGUUCAUUACCAAAUGAUGAACUGUUAAGCAAAGAUGAGGGCGCAUCUCAAUUGAAUAUUACUAUUGCAAUUGUUGGCAAAGAUCAACCAUUCAAGAUACUUAAUGAGGAAGAAAAUAUUUUUUACCUAAACAUGGCUAAAAUGAAAGGUGCAUCAAAUAUAAUACCAAAGCCUGAGGGAGAUGAUGACAAUGCUCCAACUGGCGAACAACCUGGACCGUCAACUCGACGGGACCCACAAGUCGCUGUUGCUACAAUGGAAAACCAAUAAUAUAAUCAAUAUACUGUUUUAAUUAGAAGUUCCAAUAAAGGUGGCAAGUGCCUGGAA